GAAGAUGCUCUUGGGCUGGCGCCUCUGAACCCAACGGAGAUGUGUGCUUCGGGCAUGCUUCGGUCAGUCUGCAGCCACCUCUCGCUCAGCGCUCAGAGUUCGCCACAACGUCCACCUCCAUCCUCGUCGAUCGCUUCGACCACCACAAUCCCUCCCACUCCCUCAACUGCCGGGACACUUCGAUCCAUCUGCGAUCCUCCAACCCAGAGAUACAUAAGAGACCAUGGCAGACGCAGAAUCAUCGCAGGCUGGGCAGUCAGUGCAGCCAGUACAACUUUUGUACUGCGGAGUCUGCACGUUUCCGGUGGAAUACUGCGAGUUUGGCUCGCAUUUGACAAAGUGCAAAGAAUGGCUGCACGAGACCCACCCGGACCUAUACGACAAGUACUACUCAGACGAGGCAUUGCAGGCGAAGCUAGGAACUCUCAGCUUGGAAGCGCAAGAGAAACUUGAGAAGGACACCGCGAAGAAGGAGGCGAAGGCGGAAGCGAAAGCGGAGGCGGCACAAAAGAAGAAGAUGGCAUCACAAGUGACGAUCAAGCGAAUAGAACGGAAUAAGCGCAAGUUUGUCACCGCGGUGCAUGGGCUCGAAGCUUUCGACGUCGACCUGAAGAAAGCAGCGAAGUUCUUCGCACAGAAAUUCGCAACAGGCGCAUCUGUAACGAAGAACCCACAAGGAAACGACGAGAUCGUCGUUCAGGGCGACGUCUCUGGAGAUAUCGUCGACAUGAUCGAGGAAGGCGUAGGCCUUCUGAAAGGUGUUCCGAAGGACAACAUCGUUGAGGUAGAGGAGAAGAAGAAGAAGGGCGGAGAUGGAGCCGCGUGAAGGGGUAGGAUCGGAUGUAAGUUCUGCA